AUGACCAACACCACCCAGCCACUAGCCGCCCAUCUAGAUCCCCACCGACCAGCUCCCUCACUCCCCCUCGAAGAUCUCUUCCGAGCCUCCUAUAACGAUAUUGAAUACCUAAAAAUCUACCUCAGCGACGACCCCACAGCCCACCACCACCACCAUCUCCUCCCCCUCACGCUGAUCCCAAGAAUCGAAGCGUUCCAAGUAGACAUCACCAAUCGCUACACCGAAAUCUUCAAGCACGCCUUCCCGCACCGCGCCAAUGAGCCAUUCGGUCUCGCUCUCUACCAAGCAGAAGCCACCUGGACGAACGUCACUCGCCUCUUACGACUCCUCGAUACCGCCAACUGGGACCUCGUGCGCUGGGCUCGCACAGCCGCCCUCUUAGACCUCGGCAAGCCAGACCUACGCCGCCGAGCCGUUGCGCGCGGGGAAGAGCUCUGGCAGCACCGCUACACGGAAAUCAAAACGUGCAUCGACGCGGUGCUCUCCCGAUUCGACUACAAGGGCCAGCCGCUGGCGUACGUCGGGAGUCUCAACCAUGGCAUCCGCGGCGCCCACAAGGGCCACACGGCCAUCAACUUCAAUGACUUCGACGUGGAUUUGUUUGUUGUGCAUGCCGAGGAGUGGCGGCACCACUUACCUGCAAUCCGUGCGAAUUUUCCGGCGCAUUUCAGCAACGAGAAGAUAUUCCCGGUGGGAACGCAUCUGCGCGAGUUGCAGGCGUUGGGGGAGGCGGUGGGGAGGGCGCUGGCGGUGGAGCUGAGGGUCAAGGUGAGGGAUGCGGGGAGAUUUGUGGGAGAGACGGAGAUUGUUUUGAGGGAGGUGGAUCGGUGGUAG